GGGAGGGGGCUGAGGAGAGGCGCUGGGCUGAGACAUGAGCAUCAAAAUUCAACAGUCGCGCUGUCUGUGAUGUGAACAGUCAAAACCGUAAUGGCGACCGCUGGAGCAGCAGACUCGGGAGCAACAGCCCCGACAGGGCCCAGCGGCAUCCGAAAAGUGGCUUCUCCAGAGAUGCCUGGCUCUUCUGGCUCUACUCAGAGUAUGAAGAAGACCAUUGGACACCGAGGCGUAGAGACCACUACAGGCGAAACCACCUAUAAAAAGACCACAUCAUCUGCUCUCAAAGGUGCUAUCCAGUUGGGCAUCACUCACACAGUUGGCAGCUUGAGCCAGAAAGCUGAGAGGGAUGUUCUCAUGCAGGAUUUUGUAGUUGUCGAAAGUAUCUUCUUCCCAAGUGAAGGCAGUAACCUGACUCCUGCUCAUCACUACAGUGACUUUCGUUUUAAGACCUAUGCUCCCAUUGCCUUUCGUUACUUCAGAGAACUCUUUGGCAUCCGGCCAGAUGACUACCUGUAUUCUUUAUGUAAUGAGCCACUGAUCGAGCUAUCCAACCCUGGAGCUAGUGGCUCCCUCUUCUAUGUAUCAAGUGAUGACGAGUUCAUCAUCAAGACUGUACAGCAUAAGGAGGCAGAGUUCCUUCAGAAACUCCUUCCUGGAUAUUUUAUGAAUAUAAACCAAAACAAGCGGACCCUACUGCCCAAGUUUUAUGGGCUGUACUGUGUCCAGGCAGGGGGAAAGAACAUCCGUAUUGUAGUAAUGAACAAUCUGCUGCCUCGCAGCAUUCCCAUGCACCUCAAAUAUGACCUGAAGGGAUCCACCUAUAAGAGAAGAGCUUCACCUAAAGAGAGGGAGAAGGCGGUGCCCACGCACAAAGAUCUGGACUUUAUCCAGGACCUGCCUGAUGGCCUUCUGCUGGAGGCAGACAACUACAAUGCCCUCAGCAAGACCAUCCAGAGGGACUGCCUACUACUACAGAGUUUCAAGAUCAUGGACUACAGCCUGUUGGUGGGUAUCCACAACCUGGAUCAGGCCAGUCGAGAGCGGGAACGUGGUGGGGGACACUCAGGAGACAGUUGCGCGUCGGAGGGGGCAGUGACACCAGAUCAACGGCGGCCACAAGCCCAGAAAAGUCUGUACUGCACUGCCAUGGAGUCCAUUCAGGGAGAAGCUCGAGGGAAAGGCGCCAUGGACUCAGAGGACCACACGGGUGGGAUUCCAGCUCGUAACACUAAAGGAGAGAGGUUACUGGUGUACAUUGGCAUCAUUGACAUUCUACAGUCUUACAGAUUUAUCAAGAAGUUGGAACACUCCUGGAAGGCCCUGGUGCAUGAUGGGGACACUGUCUCGGUUCACAGACCAGGCUUUUAUGCUGAACGUUUCCAGCAAUUCAUGUGUAACACGGUGUUUAAGAAGAUUCCAUUGAAGCCCUCCCCAUCCAAGAAGAGUCGUGGCGGUGGACAGGGGGGACUAAGGAGGGCUCCCACUCUGGGAGCUCCUACACCCCUGUCCCAUGUCGGGGGGCAGUCAUCGGUUGACUCCAGACUGGUCUACCAAAGCCAUUUGAAAAGCACAGAUGUAGAGGGAGACAAUGGCAUGCAGUCAGACAGACCAGAUUUGGUGCCGAGGACCCCCCCGCUGAUGGGAAGCUCUGCUGACUGUGAGGCAAACCUGUCCACCUCAUCACUAGGCAGCGCAGGACUUGCCUCCUCCUCUCCACCCUUACGAUCUGUAGGAGUGGAGGUGCACAAAUCAGCAAAUACGGACCUCGACCAAGGUGGUUCUCGCAGCAUGGGGGCAGAAGCGAUUGAAGACAAUUCAGGCAACCUGUCUGGAAAUGAAGAUGUCGUGUCACUAUCAGACAUCAUCCCUGAGACCAACAUCUGUUUUUAAAAGUGGAGCCAGUCCCAUCGACAAAUUGGCUCUGGAAGAGAGGAGGUGAGCGGAAGUUGGGAUAAAGAGAAUGAAACUCGCGCAUCCACAGUGGACCCAGCCUCCUCCCUCCCCUGUUGUUUCCUCACCCAUAUAUUCAGGGGAGGCUCUAUCUGUGCUGGUUAAAGGAGCAAGGUGCUGUGGAUAUUGUGACUCUGAGGAAAGCAGUGGUGGGAGGAUCAAGGAGAAGCUGGUGCAUGGUAGGAUGUAGGCUCUCCCAGCCAACAAUGCAGGGUAUGCUGUUUGAUAAACAACUGUUCGUUACUGGUGUCACUGAGAUCAUUUAUUUGUCAUCAUCUGUUACAAAGCCCUACUGUAUCAUAAACAGCUUGAAAAACAGGCUCAUGAGCCUACAUUGGCCGCACUAAAGCAGCCCAGUGACGUUACAUUAACAUACAUUUUGCAUCAUUGCAUAGAUAAUGCCAGUUAAUGAGUUACAAACCUUCUCCUAUCAUCCUCAAAGUAUCACCCUGAGUUUGAGAUUCAUGUCUGUCUGCUGUGAUAUCAAUAGAACAAAAUCAUUACCCAAAUAAUUGUAUUGUGCCCUAAUCACCAGUGGAUGGUGAAGGCAUUAGGAUUAUCAGUUUGGAGGUGCUACUUCAUUUAUGACGUGGAGUCAGUCAUCCUGCCCCCAUUUCACAGCCUUGCAGCAAGAGACUUGAGUGGGCACAGACAGCAGUUGAGCAGGAACACACACACACACACACACACACACACACACACAAAAGCACAUUAAGGGCAUAGCCUGCAUUUGUAGGAGUGGACAUGUGGGUCUGUGUGUACAUGCACAGUGGUUUCAGUUUUCCACGACUCUCUCUCUAAUGUUCCUUUCAUCACAUAUCCACUUUCCUCAGCACUCCUUAUGAGCUGGAGCGCCCUGAUCUAGCUAUUGAUCACACUCUUACUGUUAUCAACAGGAAUUGUUCAAAUCAACAUUUGCUGCUGGUGACUCUACAAUCAUGUAUGCAUUUCUUUGAGUGAUUGUGGAUGUACAGUAUUUGGUUGAGUUCACAUUUUGAAAAGGAAGUGAUUGAUGAGCUGAACUAGGCCCAUACAGUAAUGUUGUUUCAAACUUAGUUUUGAAUUAUUCUGCUGGAAGCUAUGGUGCUGCUCCAAAACUCCAGCUAGGUAAUGUCAUCAGGGUUAAUCUAAUGAGUUAGGCCCGGUAAAAUGUAGGUGACAAAAUUCCUCUCAUAAUUUGUUUUACCAACAUGGCAGACAGCAUAUGUAACCCUGAAAUCUCCCCCUCUGUUGUGACCAUGUGUGCCAAGGUGAAUGAAGAGAAGAGAGCUGUUGACAGCAUCACUGGCCAGUAUAUGCUGUUAAAUGAAGUUAUGAUAAAAAGAUAUUAGUAUAGUAAUGUUUUGUCCACCUAUUGUAAUUUGUCCUUUAUGUCUGUACCAUUACGUUACAUACAGUACUUUUUUUUUUUUUUUUUUUUUUUGUAUGUCUCUCUCCCACCUCUGUACAUAUUGAUACAUCUUCCCGGAUGAAUGUGUUAUUGUUUUUAAUGUUCUGUCACACACAGAGGCCUGCUGUGUUCCUUCACUUAAGGUCAUCAAACUGCCGAUUCUUUGCCUGACGGAUGGACCAACCAAUCAGUAGUCAGAGUUGAAAAGAACUUUAGUUUCUAAUGCUUACACUAAUAUGAUCCCUUUUGGUUAUAUGUCUGUCAAAUAUAUCACAGUAAUAUAUCAGCAUAACUGAUCGUUAUUACUUUAUACUGACAAACAGUAAGAUCAGUUGUCCCUUAUUCAUUUCUGCUGGUUACAGAAAUGAUGGUCACAUCCACUCUUGGACCAAUUAUUCUAUUCAUCAUGUGUAUUACUAACCUUGAUUUUGUGUAUGUAGUCUUGGGCAGCUUUUGAAUGGCUGUUUAUAUAAAUUAUGUUUUUGUUUUUCACAAAGUUUUUGUCAAUUUUCUUAAUGUUUAGGACACUAUAACAAGCCACAGGUGGCUUUUAUCUCUUUUUCUGACACAGAACUUUUAAUCACUACUAAGCCAGGGUUCCCACAUGUCUUAGAAAACACCUGGAAUAUUUGAAAACUUAUAAAAUGUCCUAGAAAAUUAUAAAGUUUGGCUAAGAUUAUAUUUUCAAAAGGUUUUCUGAGGUCACAUUGCACGUUUUUAGCCCCUGGCACCCUUUUCAAUACCCAUUGAUACCCAGCUGUUGUCUUUUGGCGUACUGCAGUGCCCCAUGUGUUUGAAAGGCAAAACACGCAAAAGGACACUAUACUCAGCAUGGUUGAUUGGUUGUGCAAAAUCAACACAUUUGUGUGUUGUUAGCCUGUUGUGAGCAUGUUCAUUUUUUUUAAACACAUAAACAUGUACAACGCAAAAAUUGUGUUGGAAAUGUGUCUAUUUUGAGCUGUUUGACCCCUUUGUCCAAUUUGAAUUAUGUAUAGAAAUCACUGAAUAUGUCUUUGAAAACUCUUGCAAAAUGAAUUCUUAAAAGAGUGGGAACCCUGUAAGAGACUGUAGCAGACCUUAAUGUUUUUUGCAGCAUUUCUUCUAAUGAAUCAAAUGCUUGUUAGGCACACGUGGUCUACACACCGGAGAGGGAGAAGGGGAAAUGUGAGUUGUGAAUGUAGAAAGAUGCAAUGGAGGCAAACUGGCAUGGAAGGAAGAUUACUCAUGUCAAUCAGUGUGUGAUUGCACAAUUUGGGAUUUAGGAAUGAGUCUUUUUUUUUUUUUUUUUUUUUUUUUGUGUAUUAUUGAGACAGGCAUGCCAGUGAAGAGAAGAGCAAAACAGGCAAUCGCUGAGCUUGAUGCAGAGCUCUAAAUACGGACCCAGUUCAGUCAAUUUGAAAAGCAAAUAAGAUGCUUCAUGGGCUAAUACAUGGAUUGAUAUGUUGUAUAAGGUCAUGACACUGGGCUGACCUGCGUUAAACUGGAUGUUUCUUGCAGAAUAAUUUAGGAAUUGUGUAUGUUUAAGUUCCCAUCAAGUCCAUUUUCCUUUGAAUCAAAGAGUUUACUCUUCAGGCCUGAGACAUUUCAAGUCCCCCCCCACCCUGCAACUCCUCCUUUCCAGAAGCUCGCGUAGAAAAAGUAGAUAGUGGUCAUUAUUUACAAAAAGAUCAGUCAAAAGUACAAUUCUGUUGGUUGAAAGACAAACAGCCACCAAAGAAAACACUCCAAGAGAUACUUUUUGAUUAGAAAAGUCUGUUUGAUAUUUCAUAACAGUUGGAUUUUGAUGCACCCUGUUGAAAUCUACAGGUUGCAGAACUACCUAGUUUUUGAUGGGUGGUGCUGUGUAAUUGCUGGAUGAAGACCAGUUUUAUCACAGUUUGUAUUUACUUCACCAUGGCACAAGAGAAACAUCAUCCUUUGGUGCUGAAAGGGCGGUGCACUCUCAACAUAGACACUACAAUAUACAUGAACUAAUGCAAUAUGAGCAAGUCUGCCAUCUUUCAGUUCCAAGAAUCGUAUUUAUUAUUAAUAUUAUUAUGAACUUCUUGUAGGCCGAAAUGAUAAAAGUUGUAAUAUGUACCUUAGAUGAUUGUAUGUAAAAUGUAUACUGACAGAAGGAUGUCUGAAACUUUAUAGAGUGUAUUGCUUAUGGAAGGGGAUUAUUUGACAAUUUCACCUUUUUUAUAUUUCAUGUUUAGAUUGUGAUAUAAGUAUAUUCUCCAUAAUGAUACUGGGUUGAUAAUCUCCCAUGCUUUUCUAUAUGAAUGUUUCACAUGGCCUAAGAGCCAGUGUUGCUGGUUGCCGUCUAUGCUUCAAUUACUAUAUUUUUACUGUGUAUAAAAUGUGUAUAUGUACAUAGGAGUCACGGAAAUGCCUUCUCAUGCGGUAUGUGCUGCCUGUCCCUCCUGCCAUGUUUCAGUUAUGUGGUGGUGAUGUUUUUCAUAAUGUCUCUGAUUUUAAAGGAUUAAACAUAU